AAGAAUUUAUUAAAUAAAUGUACAAUAUUAUUAGUUGUUUCCAUUUUAAUGUAAUGUAAUGACUGUUGUGCCUUUACAAUAGUGCUACUGCGUAGUUCCAAAUCAGCCUAAAAUGUAAUACAUUUUAGGGCAUUAAUGACUAUCUAAAGAUAAAGGAAGUUUAACCUCGUGUUUGAUUUCAAAAUCUCAGUGGUUAUAUAAAUGUGUUGUGCUAUACUUCUUGUUUCAGUAACAUUUGAAAAAAAAACCCAAACAAACAAAUCCGAAAAAACCCCCACCCACAAAAAACCAUGGCUGCAGCUGAAAGUGAUGCUAAUCAAAAUGUUCACUCCGAGGUACUGGUUACUGACGAUUCAGGUACUGUAAAAAUAAACUGGGGUUUCAGUUCUAAAUUAAAGAGACAGAACACAUUUUCAGUUUAUUAACAGAGGAAACUUCCUUCCUCAUAAAUUGCUGCAAGGAAUCUGCUUGUAUCUGAAAAACGUAGAUUUGACUGAGCUGGUCUUGCAGUUCCUUCUUACUGCCGAUGGGUCACCCAGUAUCUUUCUUACAUGGUCUGGAGCAUAUCUGAUUGCUUGGUCUAACGCUAUCCAAGUAUUUGUGUAGGGAUUCUAGGUUACAGGAUUUUACAUCAGGAAUUGAUUUAGUGUUUUCCUCCUUACUUCCCUUUCUUUUUUUCUUUUUUUCCCCCCAUUAUUUCAAGCAGUAGAAAUGUUCAGGUUAAUUCUAGUAUUUGGUGAAUAAGAGAGUCCUAGAAACUGUCUCUAAGAAGCAAUACAGAAGUAUUCAGUUUGUCUUGUCUUUCCUCUUUUAAGUGUAAGACUGCUAAUUUCAUCAUAUUUCUGAGCACCUUGUUAAGGUGAAUGUUUUUGCACUUCUUGUAUGUGUCCAGUUGUUUAAUAUACUCUAUUGAGGAACUUACCCUGAUGCUGAAUCUAAACUUUCUCUGGCAACAGUUUGUCCUAGAAAACACUUGGAGACUCCUAAACAACCCUACUCCUUUCAUUCUUCUACAGCCUCACAGCAAAAAUCAGUUUAGUACUGAAACUAUCUUUAAGGAUUCAAAAUAUAAUGUUUUCUAUUCCCAAGCUUACAGGAUUUCCUCUGUUAAGGUAUAAAAAGAAAGCUGCAAUAAGGAAAUCUCCAGUGAUAGAAACAUAGGAAGGAAUUAUGGAAAAUAAGAUCACAAAGAACAAAAUUCUUUUAGAUUCCAGUUCCGGAAGCUGCUUGAGGAUAAACUAAACUGAAUCCUUCGGUUGGGGUGUUGGUGUCUUAGUUGUAGACAUCAUUAGUGUAAACAAUACCAUCUAUAUAUUUUACUUCUGCUGAAGUGAUUAAUAGGCCUGCCAUCAUGGAAGCUAGCACCUUUCCAAGGGAACUGGCUCAGCAACUUUAAAAUUAACAGACCAGAAAGUAAAUUUUAAAAGAUUGUCACAUGAAAAUGAAAGGCACUCCUCAUCACUUACAGCUUAAUAACUUGUAAUUCAUAGUAAAUACAUAAAGGAAAUUUAUAUAGCCUUUGUGAUGUUUAUAUGAAGUUGUAAAUGGACAAACCUACAGUUCAGUCCAUUGAGAGAGAGUAAGAAUAUAUAUGAAUGGAGACAUAAUGAACUUUCUUACAGAAAUCUUAAUUCUAAAAAGUAUAAAACAUUUCCUGAGAAGACUGAAAUGCCUCUUAUCUGCAAAGAAAUCUGACUUACGUUGAGCACUAGUUACAGAAGCAGAAGUUCAAAGUGUUUUCUCUGGCUUUAAAGAUUUUUAAACUGUAUCAACUAACUAAAAGCUAGAUGAACAAGAUCAUUUAAGAUCAUUUCAUCAGUGAUGUUUAUCAUAUUAGUGCAACAGAAUAGACCCAUGCUAUUCACCUUUCUUACGAGUGCUUGACUCUGUUGGCAGCAACAGGAUGUAUAAACAGUAGAAAUUGGGGAAAGACUUUCUGUUUGUAAAAAAUAGGUGCCUGAGCUAAUUAUGGAAUGAGAAUGGUGAUUUUUAGAUGCCUGCACUAAAUGCCAGAUUCUCCUUAUGUUUUUCAGAAGUGUGGAAGUAUGCAAUUGUAACUCUUAAAGGUUAAAAUACUGCUGAAAGUCAUCCCAAUAAAAGUCAUCAUAGAAGCUUAUGAACUGCCAGUUUUCUCCUAAUUUCUUUAUCUUGACUUCAGAAAUCCCAAAAUCCAUUAGGCAUCGAUUUUAAUCUUUAUUUAGGAUUCACAUGUAGCUAAUCUUGUUCAAAUUCCCUCUGCCUCCUUAUUUUCCUCCCCCCUCUUUUCCUUCUGUCAGCCCUUCAUUUUUCAUCAGUUUGCCUUAAAGGCCCAGGGUGGAUGAGUCAGUGAUUCCAACCUGUAUUUGCUUAGAUACCAACUCCCUUUUAGGGAUAGCAAUAUCAUACUUUAGCUCAGUAGGCAGUCAUGCUUUUUGAACAAUUUUGACAUCUAGAACUUUCUUUUAUUAGAUAUUGACUGCUGCACUCUUCUCUAUUUGAAAAAAUCAUGCUCUCUAGGUUUACUUUUUAAAAAAAAAACCAAACAAAACCCAACACAAACCCCCCAGCUCUUGGCUGCACUGAUAUCACCAAUACAAUGAAGAGUCAGAGUGGUUUAAUCAUUUUCCUUUCUUGUCUACUUGUCAGUUGUUCAUUCAUUUUUGGUCACUUGAACAUGUAUCUACUUGCCUUCCUGCCUCCCACUGGUCCUCCCCUCCUCCUCACUCCCAGGGAACCUUAAUACUGGCCUUGCCAGACCUCAUGGCUCUGAAUUUUGGUUUGUUUGACUUGACAGUUUGGAGGGAAGCUAAUGCUAUGUCUUUUCCUUGCUAAGUAAAGAACAAACUGCAGGUACCUGGAAUAAGACAGGCUGAAAAGCGAAAAUACCUGUUGAGAAGGAGAUCUUUCAUGCUGCCACCGCAGCAGCAUCUGAGUGCUUGCUUGAGCAGGCACAAGAUGCUUCUAAUGCACCAGAAAUGCCACUAUUGCUUGAUGCUCUGGAGCUGCAACCACAUGCCCAGAUUAGGGGUCUCUCACUUAGAGGAGGUGAGGAGGGAGGGAACAUUUUCCACCCUGCUUAAUUCUGUCUUCAUCUGUAAAGCCAGGAGAAAGCUGGAACACAUGAUGGUAUUGUUCUGUGUUAAUUUUUUUUCUAAUUAGCCAAAGUAUUGAAAAUGCUUCUGUCUCUUUAAAAUGGUGUGGUAUUUUGUGCUGUGACUAUUACUGUACAUGAAGUUAUUUGAGUGAACAGAAUAACUUCAUGUGUGUUGAGGUGUGAGGUGACCUCAUUAUUCCUAAAUCUGUUCCUUUUUUGUAGCACUUCUUAUUCAGCUCUGCUCUUUCAGCUGCUCGAGUGUUUUUAUUUCUGCUCUGGUUGUGUAACAGAUUUUUUUUUUUAAAUUUCAGAAUCAUAGCAACAUAAAUUGGUUAGUUGAGCCAACCUGGCAGAAAUUAGCUGCUCAUAGAUAAGGCAAUAAUAGAGCAAGAUUAAACAGGUUUUGUGGCUUAAUAGAAUAAGAAGCGAUACUUGCCAGAUUUUACUUUGAUGCAAGGAUGUUGAUUAAUGCAAGAGAUGUUCCAUUCCAAUCAAGACUUCUGUUAAAGACAUUUUAAAAAAUUAUCAUUUUGCCAUUGCUUGCGCAGUCAGAACUUCAGAGAGGUGUUGUGUUGAACACUUCGGCAAAUUGGCGUUCCCUGUCUGCCUUCAGAAGAGCGUGUCCUGGGGAGCACUGGCACUCUGCAAUCAGUGCUUGCUCCGGGGCAGAGGUGCAUAACUCCAGGGAGACGCUGCUCCCUUCAGCACUUUCUGCUUUUGCUGUCACUGAGGACUGUGCUGUUGGGACUCUUAUCUGGAAAUGAGGCACCUGUCCACUCACAAAGAAAAGAAAAGGUAUUUCUCAAAGUUCACUUGCUGGUCUCCAGGCAGCCUUGGUGGUCGUACUGAGUAGAAUUUCUUUGAAGAGACAGAUUAGAGGUGGAUGACUGCAUAUCCCAUUGAAAAUGCCAUAUAUUGAUAAUUUUUAUAUGCUAACUUGAAAGUUUUUCCAUUUAGACCUCCAGCAUUUAAGGGACACAUGAGAGACAAGAUUGCAACUCCGUUGCUUGAGAGCUCUCUAUCACCGCCUGAGUUGUUCCUGUGGGACAUGCUUGUCUAAAUAACGGAUCCCAUCUUUUGUAUCCUUAAUCACUCAUCAGAAACUUCCUGGCUCCAGUGGUGUUUACCUAGUUCAUUUUCUGCUGCUCUCUCUUGGUUUCUCAUACUAGCUUCAAUACUCUCUACUGAUCGCAUUUAGCUCUGGAGCACUUGAGUGAGUUGGUGAUCUGUGGGGUUUUUACUGAGCAGGUAAGUUUUCUGACCAAGUGUGUUUCCUAAGUUUAAGGUCUAGUGCCUAUGCCAGACCUAUACUUGCAUAAAUAACCUGCGUAUCUACAAUUUCAUAUAACAAGCUUUUAGCAGUUCCACUGCCUCCAUUUCCUAUUGCAUUGAAAAUAGAUCCAAAUGAAAUUUUGGCCAGAGGGGCAAAAAUUUUGGUUUGGCAUCAGUGGAUGGCAUUUCUGCCAGUUCAAGUAUAUGAAUUAUGUAAUUAAUAUCUGCAUAAGAUAAUGUAAAAGCAAAACACACCAUAUGUGUUUUAGGGGCUUUACAUGAACUGGAGUUGUUUGGGGAAUAACUAGGACCUUUUAAAUGCCUACUGCAUUACGCUUUUCAUCUAUCAAGACCUAUUUGCAGGCAAGCCAGUUGAAGGAAAACAUUUUAUUUUUGUCUUUAAACUUUGCAUUGAGUUUGAUUUUGUCACUUCACCUUUUAAUCCUCUUUCAUUUAAUAUUUUGACAUGUAACAAAAGCUUGUGUUUCAAUUUUCAACCCUGCUUAAACAGAGAAAGGCUAUGGCAAUGGUGGCAGGCAGUUCAGAUGUGACUGAGAUAAAGCUGAUAUUAGGAAAUUAUAGGGAGAGUGGUUUCUGCCUCUUCAUUGCCAGAUUGUCCACCACUUAUCUUCAUGUCUGUUGUCUGAGUGAUGCUGCUUCUCAGCUGUUGCUACAAAAAGUCCUUUGAUAACCUUGUGUGAUGAUUAAAUGGUACUAAUUAUCCCCACCUAGGAGGCUGUUUCAUGGUCAUUCAGGCAUCUCCAACUUUGAUGGUAGAUUAUGUUAUCCCUGUAAGAGGUACCUCUUGACACCUAUGCAUUUCAAUAUUGUAAUGUCCAUCUGUUGGUUUUCAAGGUGGAUCUUAGUCAUGGGGUUUGAAGUGAAAAGACUGCAAAGGACCUGAACAGCUGCAGAAUGUGCUCAGGGAAGUGACCACAGCUAUGAUCCACAGAGUUUCUGCUCAGGUACCUGUGCAGUCUUUUGGAUGAUCCUGAGCCCUUCUGUAAGCUCUCAUGGUCUGAAUUAAUCCUGGCUUGCUGGUUAUUUGGAGGGUUGCUAGAUCUAGUGCAGCGCUGUGGGAGGAAGGCUUGAGGGGGCUGCGUGAGGUGAUUUAUUGACUGCAGAGAAUCUUGGUCUGUCAGCUGCUGGAGUGGCGUAAGCAGCCCUUAUAGAUGGGUCAAAAAACCAUGCAUUUUGUCAAACCAAAGUAGUUUCAUCUUCCUAUUCUUAUUUUUUUAGCUAUUUUUAAUUAAAAUGAAAUUGGGUGGAAGUGAUCCUCUUGGUUCCUGAGAAUGUUUCAUUAGUGAAAUAAAACGUCUCUAAAGAAAGAAGUUGCUAAAGUCAUUAUUACACAUAAAUCUUGAUACAUCUACCAAAAAAAAAAUUGGCAUGAGAUGUCUCAGAGGAGAAAGCAACAGGGCGAUAUAACUCUCAAGCUUUUUAUUUUAUCUUCUCUCAUUUAUAGUUCAAUCCCAUUUGUCUGUGUUUUAUGCAAAUUAUUCUGUAUGUCUAUAUUUCCAGUGCUUAGAAAGAAGGGGUCACUAAGCAGCCUAAGAUUGUUCAAUGUUUUUCCGAAUACAUGCUUUUAAUUGACUUGACAGAGGGAGAUUUGAGAAAUCAGAUAUUAGUAAAUGCACUAUGUACAAUAGAUUAAUCAAAAUUUUCCUCUGUUAAAGGCUUUGUCUUCUGACUUUAAAAGUCUCCACAAUUGAUAUGCAAAUGCCAAGGACCUCUGUUGAAACUGGAUAAAAACCAUAAAGUUUUGUUUCACAUUGAGAAAGUAUAGUCUUUCUCUAGAUCUUGAAUUUCCUGAGAAGCCCUUUUUGGUCUUAACACCAUCAGGAUGUGAAAGCAUAAACCCUUGUUGUUGGUCUUUGGGUAAAACUUGUAAUACAUGAUUUUGAACAAACACCAUGCAAGAAUUGAAAAGACAUCAUUAAAACAUUAAUUUCCUGUUGUGGAUUUUACUGCAUGAUGGCCCAAGAGAAUUGAAAAUUAGACCUCCAUUUGUAUGCCAAACUACAGAUCCGAGAGCCUAUCUUUACUGGGUAUAUUUUCCCUUAAAUCCUAUUGCAAAUGCGUGUUUGUAGAAGACCAGCACCUCUGCGAGUGGAGCUACUGGAUCCAUGGGAAGUUUUAUCCAGAGCACAGAGAAGUACUGUAGUAGGCUUUGGCUCAUCUGGUGUUGAUUGAGAACUGCAUAAUGAAGCCUUUUUGGGGUUUUAUAUUCAAAAUUUUAUUGCUUUCUAAGAGGAAUUUGCAUCAUUGUUGCUUCUUCUUUUAUGGUGAAUAAAGUCUGCUUAAUGCUUGUCUCCAUUUCAUGGUACUAUAGGAUGCUUCAGAAAAUACUAAUGUCUGGCACAAAUUUUCUUGGAAAAUGCAGCCUCCUGAUUUUAUGGUAGCUAUUGACAUUAAAUUGUUCUUGUAAAAGUAAAAACAUGGAUAAUACUAUAAUGUCAGGAAUUUUCUUACUUUUUUAAAACCACUGCUGUUAUUCAUAACACCUAUAAAGGGUUGCCCAGUAUCCCCAGUAUACCUUAUUUCCCCUGUGGGACAAGUAAGCUAUUUUUGGCUUUGUAGCUGGGGAAGACUGAGCAAAAAGCAAUUAUAUAAACUAAUAUAUCAAAUGUAAGAUCACCUGGGAGAUCUUAGCUAUCAAUCUGAAAUCACUUUGACUCUUGUUAGUUAAAAUCUCCCUUAGCAUUUUCCCCAGGGAGAGCGCUAAGAACGGGGUGCUGAGGUACAUGCCCAACCUUAUUUCUAAGGCUGUUCCUACAAGCUUCCUAUCAUGUUACAAUAUGUCCUUCAGAGUUCUCUUAAAAACAGCAACAACAAAAAAAAGCCAAACAAGCCCUUCUCUUUGGUGAUUUCAUGGCUUUUGUUUCUUCCUCAGAGAAGAUCAAGUCUGGAGUUUCUCUGACUUCGUCUGAAAUUGUAGGCAUGAUCAAUUUGUUUAAGAAACCUUACAAGAAAAAGGCAGGCAAAUUCCAGCCUUUCAAGAAGCUCUUCAGCAAGAGGAAGAAAAGAGAGCCUGCCUCAGACUGUGAGGAACCCAAGCUGAAGCCCAGCCACUCCUUCAGCAAUAUCUGCAACGGCACCUUCUCCUCCGAUGAAGAGCCAAACAGUGGGCUGAGAUCCUCCCAUUAUUCUAUGGGCAGUCGAGCUUUUUCCCAUGACAGUAUUUUUAUACCUGAUGGGAGAACAGAGGGUGAACAGGCCAUUCAAGCAAUGUCACAGGAGAACGUUUUAGGAAAAGUCAAAACUCUUCAGCAACAGUUGGCCAAGAAUAUAAAAUUUGGGCAGCCUCCACAAAUGACAGUUUCUGCGAGGACAAUGGGGGAAGCAAACACUAGUAUAGAAGAGGAUGUGUUGCUCAGCAGCCCCAUGGAGAUUGAGACUCAGCAGGUCACAGUGAUCUCAGGCAGUGGUAAUAAAGCCACUGACACACCAGAUUUCUUGAGAAUGCUAAAUUUGCCUGGAACAGGACAUGAAGUGGAAGAAAAGGUCACUCCAGUCAAAUCAGCUCGGCCAAAAAGACAAUUUUCCUGUUCUGGCACAAUUGAAACAAUCAAUUUGGAUUCAGUUCCCCAGGCUGUUGCUCGUCUAGACAACAGUGCAGCUAAGCACAAGCUGUCAGUGAAGCCAAAAAAGCAGAGGGUAUCAGGAAAGCACAAGAGACUUACAAAGGGAUCACAAAGUUUAACAAUAACAGAAUUUGAGCCAGAGGACCUGGAAACUCAGCUGUAUGAGGACAUAUAUCCAGGUUAUAAUGGACACUUCAUAGCAGACAAGCUAAUCCAGGGCAGAAAUGAGCAGAAGCAGCUUCAGCUUGCAGAGGAGAAAAGAAUUGAAGAUCACUGGGGGAUCCUUGAGGCUGAAAGGAUAAGACAGAUUGUAGAAAUGGAUGAACAAAGAGAAAUGGAAGAAAAAAGGUGCCAAGAACUUGAACAGAUGCACAAAGAACAGGAGAAAAGGUGUUGUGAAGAAGAGAGGAGGCAGUAUCUCCUUGAGAGAGAGAUAUCUUUGGAAACAGAAGAGCAAACAUGCUAUAAAGAGGAGAGAAGACUGAUAGAGACUGAAAAGAGGCAAGAGCUGGAGAAGAUGAGGUGUCAGGAACUCGAGAAGCAAAGGCAGAAGGAGUUGGAGGAGCAACAAAGUCAAGAGCUGGAGGUGCAAAAGCUCAAGGAACAGGAGGAGCAACAGAGACAAGAGCUGGAGGUGCAAAAGCUCAGGGAACAGGAGGAGCAACAGAGACGAGAGCUGGAGGUGCAGAAGCUCAAGGAACAGGAGGAGCAACAGAGACGAGAGCUGGAGGUGCAGAAGCUCAAGGAACAGGAGGAGCAACAGAGACGAGAGCUGGAGGUGCAGAAGCUCAAGGAACAGAAGGAGCAACAGAGACGAGAGCUGGAGGUGCAGAAGCUCAAGGAACAGAAGGAGCAACAGAGACGAGAGCUGGAGGUGCAGAAGCUCAAGGAACAGGAGGAGCAACAGAGACGAGAGCUGGAGGUGCAGAAGCUCAAGGAACAGGAGGAGCAACAGAGACGAGAGCUGGAGGUGCAGAAGCUCAAGGAACAGGAGGAGCAACAGAGACGAGAGCUGGAGAUGCAGAAGCUCAAGGAACAGAAGGAGCAACAGAGACGAGAGCUGGAGAUGCAGAAGCUCAAGGAACAAGAAGAGCAAAAGAGACAAGAGCUGGAGGACCAGAGGUGUAGGGAACGGGAGGAACAUCAGAGGCAAGAACUAGAUGAACAGAAGCACUGGGAACAGGAGGAGCAGAGACAUAGGGAAUUGGAGGAGCAGAGGCAUCAGGAAUGGGAAGAGAAGAAGUGCAAAGAGCUGGAGGAGAAACAGAGACAAGAGCUGAAGGAGCAGAAGAGGAUAGCGCUGGAAGAAUUAAGGCAACACAGGACUGAAAAAGAGUGUCAAGAGGAAGAAGAAAGAAAUUGGCUGGAGGAACCAAAAGUACUCAAGGAACAAAAUAAGGAAGAAAUACAGAGAGGAGGCCUAGAAGAGAAAGAGCUUCAAGUCACUGAAAUAAAACUGAAGGAGAAAGAACCUGAGAGCCUCAAACAAGAGAAGAAACAGGAGGAACAAAGGCAUUUGAAGGAGAAAGGAGAAAAAACAGAUAAGGAACAACCCCAGCAAGUAAUAGACAAGAAAAAGAAAAGGGAAGAGCAGAGGAAACACAAGCUCACAAAACAAAUGCACAUGGAAAGUUCAGAGGGUGUGCCACAAGAUGAACUGAAGCAGCAGAAGGAACAAAAUGGACAAGAAUGGAAUGAGCUGAAAGAGCAGAAGACAGACACAGAAGGACAAAAUCUUCAGCAAACCCAAGAAAUAUCCUUGGAACAGCCACAAGACAAGGAUCAGUUCUGUUCCGGAGGGGCUGAUAGGCAUCCAACAGAGGAGAAGCUCCAAGAAGGAUCAAGAGCCCAAAAUCUCAAACAGCCAGAAAAAGGGAAUAAAACAGCAGAAGAAAUGCUAGCCCAGAAACUGAAGAGAGAUGUUGAAGCUCAGGAGCAAAAGCGCAUAGGGGAAGAACUUCGGUGGCAAGAGGUAGAUGAAAGACAAACUGCAUCCAGACCCUUCACAUUUCAAGUGUCUUCUGGAGAUAAACAGAUCAUAUUUCAGAAAGUAAAUCUGAGUCCUGUCACACCCAUCAAAGGAACAGGACUCUCUUCUCCAUCUGUCAAAGACUGCAGGGUGCACACCAUCAGUAAGGGCUCUCACACCCUCCCGUCAUCUGCGUGUGUACCCCACACAGCUAUUUUGGUUACUGGAGCACAGCUGUGUGGCACAGCAGUUAACCUGAACCAGAUUAAGGACACGGCUUGCAAAUCAUUACUUGGCUUAACAGAAGAGAGGAAAAAUGUGGAAAUUCCUUCACCAGAGAAGUCCCAGAAAAAAAAACAGGAUCCCAAACCUAGCAGCAGUAAAAUUAAACACGCUCAAGAGACAUUGAACAACCAGGCCGUACUAGCUGAGUGGGCCUCUAUUCGCUCCAGAAUACUGAAGAAUGCAGAAAACAACAAAUAUAAUGAGAGAGACCGAGUAAGUGUCUGCAGGCACAGUGACGACUGGACACCCCGAGGACGGGGUGCUCCCCAUGGUAAUUUAAGGAAAACCCUUUCUGCAAAUGCAAAGUUCUCAAUAACACCAGCAUGGCAGAAAUUUUCAGAAGUUUCAAAAAUCAAUUCAGACCCUGAGAAUGUAAGUGUGGCAAAAGGUAAUGUGGGGAGAAACACUGGCUCAUCUGCUGAUUUGAAGGAGGAUGUGGCUACCACUUUUAAGGAUAAUUUAGUUGAAAAGGCUAAGGAGAAAGUGGAAAUCCAUAGUGAAGUGACAGACAAUACAGAAGGCUGUAAAUUUGCAAAAGAUCUUCCAUCUUUUCUUGUUCCAAGUUUUCCUCAUUCUCCAGGUAAAGAAUUACCUAAGCCAGAACUUCCCAGUGCUCUGGAAAAUCAGCAAAAUAACAGCACAAAAAAAGCAGAUAAACCGUCACCAAAUGGAGAAGAAAAUGUUUCUCCUUUUGGGAUAAAGUUACGAAGGACAAACUACUCUUUACGUUUCCAUUAUGAUCAACAGGCAGAGCAAAGGAAAAAGAAAAGAUACAGUGCAGGAGACAGUUUUGAUGGUGUGCCUGACCCACUCACCUCAACAGAAGGUGAGAAAGAAUCCACUGUUUUUGCUCCACAAGAGAGUAUAUCCCCUGACAUGGGGAGAGCAAGUGUCCCCGGUAAUUUAAAAGACUCUUCAAUUACUGUGACUGAGUUUUCACAGCCAGUGGGCACACCAGUGAUCCCACCAGGCACUGGCCAGAGUGCUUUACCUGCUCAUGAGAAACCAGCAUGCAAGUCAGUGGUCCCACAGAAACCUGCUAUAGCUCCGAAGCCCACCAGCCAAACCCCACCAUCAUCUCCUCUCUCUAAGAUGAACAGAUCAAACCUAUCUGAAAUGCUGGGGCAAAGGGUGACUAAAGCUGAAUCAGAUGGUGGCUGGAGAAAAGAAGACAGAGCAAAUGCAGUGCAGACCACACCAUCCGAUGAGUACAAAAAUGAAGAGGAAGAAAUCAAAGAAAAGAAGUCGUUUUUCCCAUCUCUAAGUAUUCCAUGGAGAGAAAAAAAUGACAAAAAGCCUGAGCCAUUGAAGAAAGAAAAGCCUGUCCUCCAGAGCAGGCACUCUUUAGAUGGCUCUAAAUUGAUGGAAAAAGUGGAAACUUCGCAACCGCUUUGGAUUACAUUGGCACUGCAAAAGCAAAAGGGAUUUCGUGAGCAGCAAGCCACAAGGGAAGAGAGGAGACAAGCUAGAGAGGCAAAGCAAGCAGAGAAGCUGGCUAAAGAAAAUGCUGCUCUGAGUAAUCAGUCAGAUAAUAAAAGUAGCAGCAGCAAAACGAGCACACUGCAGAAAUCUACAACUCAAGAAGGGGAGAAGAAAACUGAGACUGCUGUGUCAAGACUAGAAAGAAGGGAGCAGCUAAAAAAGUCAAACACCCUUCCAACUUCUGUGACAGUGGAAAUUUCAGACUCUGUUCCAUCAACCCCACUGACAAAAGAGGUGGCCAAGAGAUUCUCUACGCCUGAUGCUAACCCUGUGUCAACAGAACCAGCCUGGCUUGCAUUAGCCAAGAGGAAAGCAAAAGCCUGGAGUGACUGUCCACAGAUCAUAAAGUAAACUGUAAAACUACAUCUCUAUUGCUAUUAAUUGCUUUCUUUUAUUUAUUCUGCAUUUUACACAUGACAAAAUUGAAAAUGCAUGUAUGGAAGGACUGAAAAUUGAACUGAUUACCAUUUUGCUCUAGCUCACUGUUAAGCCUACUCAAGUCAUAUAUUCCAUUGCUUUGACAAAUAGCUAAAUGAGGUCAUGGCAAAAAUUUCACAGCCAGACUCUCAAAAACUUAAAAAUGCUCAGAUACUGGAUGUAAAUUUUAGUGAGUAUCAUAAUAAGGGCCAGAACUUCAGUUCAGAUGCUUCUUAAAUUCUGUGGGUACUCGGUUCUGGAAUUUUAGAUCUCUAUACUUUAAUCGAGAUCUCAGAAUUUUUUUUCAGCAGUCUGUUGUUAAAAUUAAAGCAAGAUGCAUGUUCCCUUCUCUUAUUCAUAAUUUAAAAAAAAACGUUAAACUGUAUGAACUGUCAGUUCUGCCAGCUAUUUGAAAGCUUUUUCCCUAAUGAAGAACUUUGGGAUACACUGUUCUACGUGCAAAUAAUAAGCAGAAAGAUGGUACCAUCCAAAUGCUGAGGUAAUUUCUUCCAUUGUAGUAUUAAUAUACUACAUCUAUAUUCCCUCAUUCCUAGGAAGAAAACAAUUAAUCCUACUUUAAAAACCCCACAGUUAUUUGAGCAAAUAUCAUUAAGUUUUCAAAAAGAAGCCAAGAAGUCAGUGUUUCUUCUAGUAAUUUAAAUGCAUCACUGUUUGUGCUUGGCCAUAUUUAAGAUGUAUAGAGACAGUGAUUGCAGAUUACAACUUUAAAUCAGUUGAAUGACUGGAAUUAAACUGUUCUACACUGCAAAUGUAGCUGUGGAAUUUGUCUCAGUAAGUUCCCACAGGAGUAAGACUGGCAGAACUGAAGUUAACUGAGAACGGAAAGCUAAGUCAGCGAGAGUCUCAGGAGUUUCAACUCGGCAUUCUUCCCGAUUUUACUCCUGAUUUUACAUGCAACUUCAGGUAGUUCAGAUAACUUCCUGUACUUUGACCAAUACAGCUAGAUCACUUCAGAAAAGGUUACUUACCCCAUCUCAGGUAUCUGCUGUGGCAAUUGAAAACUUUAUUACUUCACCUAACUAAAAUAAAAAUGUUCACUCCCUCUCUCUUGCAAAAAAGGAUAAAGUCCAAGAUGUAAUAAAAAUGUCGCUAUCCUCAACAUCCCAUAGAAAUAGCUAGGUCUGCAUUUUUGAAAGUCACACUAUUAAAUAGUUCACUUGAGUUUGUUUUACAAGGAAGACUUUAAAAAAUCUGAAUAUCUCCUUAUAACCAUAAGGCUUAAAAGAACCUUUAAGCCUACAACAUCAUAAAAGGAGACAUUUUCAUAAAAUGAAGAUAUAUCAUUAUAGAAUGAUGCCACAUAUGCUUCAUGGAAGUGUUUUAGCCAAACUGCUGUAUGCAGCAUAAGGAGUAGCACUUUAUGCAGAAAACAGAAUGAAACCUGCUGUAUCCUCCUGUUCUCAGAAUCAAACAGCAAGUCAUUGCCGAGUACAGCCUUUCCCACCAAACAGUGGCUCCCUAUCAUGGUUACAAUAGCACAAACACAGUGAAUGUGUUAGAUUGAGUAGAUAUGCAGCAGCAAGAUGGGCUUUCUUGGUUAAAAGCCAUCAGUUUUGCUCAGUUUCAUAAUUAAAACAGAAUCUCUAAAGUAACUUUUUACUGUUAAUAUAAGUAAUUAUUAUGUUUUAAACAGAAACAGGGCAAUGCUGCUCGCAAAUGCUUAGGAGAAAAAAAAACUUAAUGCCUUCAAUAUCUGAAGAAAGAAUUGGCCCCUUAAUUCUUCUUGCUCUGCUAGCACCAGGAAUUAGUGCAUCUUAAGUUAUAUUUAAGUUUUUUUCCAAGUUUGUUUGCCUGCAGUACCUAUUUGUAAUCUAAACUGCCCGAAACCCAUCUUUACAAUUAUUUCUUGGGAGGGGGAGCCAGGUAGACAUACAGAGAAGGUGAAGUAAAUCAGGAUUAAAAAUACUGGUACUCUGAAAAGCAUAGCAAAGUUAGGUGCUAUUGUGCAUGACAUAAGGAUGCAAUUUUCCAAUACAAUCCAUUUACAGCACAUAGAAUAAGUUUUCAUUAAGGAUGGUCUUAAGCUUCAAAGCAGAGGGUUUUUUCAACCAUAAAGGUAUCUAGUGUAACAAUGGAAACUGUUACAUGCAGUACUUGACAGAAACAUUUCUGAAGUGUACACGUGCAACAGUGACAUUUCAUGUUAAAUUAACAAAAAUUUGCACUAAAUACCAACGAAGUGAAGUGUUACUUUGCUUUAGCUUUGUUGCAACCAUUUCUGAUAAAGUAUUGGAAAUCUGUAAAAAUAAACCCAAAACGUUACUACCCAGCUUAAAACAGCAAAAAUAUUUUAAGAACUGAACAAGCCACUAUGUAGUAUAUUGUCUCAAAUUUUUGUAACUAAUACAAACACAAAAUACCAUUUCUUCUGACAAGGUUAUAUAUGAUUAACCUCUAUGUUCAUAUAGUAAUGUAUAAAAACUAUAAGAUGUACAAUUGUGGGGUAUUCGUUGUGUACUUUUUUAAUUUUUCAAAUGUUUUAAAGUGCAAUUGUUUAUUAUACUAAUGUCAUUUUAAUUCUUAUUAAACUAUAACCCAGUCAAAAUUAUCUAA